AUGGUCUCGCACGACAUAUCUGCACGUUGCUCCCGCAAACGAGUGACAAAGGCGUGUCAACGAUGCAAAUGCAGUGGAGACGCUCCAUGCGAGUCCUGCAAAGCCACAAACGCCGUUUGUACCUAUCGAGAGGGUAAACCAAAGAGGCAUCGGGUGUUCACACAGAGUUAUGUGCAACUCAUCGAAGACCAACGCGAUCUGCUCGUCCGUGGCCUGCGAGAGCUUUACCAACGAACGGUCACAGGAGGAAGCAUCAAACGGAUAGCUAGCGAUCGACCAUUAUCCGUGAAUGACAUAUUAUACAAUCUGGGCAUAUAUGAUGCGCCAACCGAGGAUUCACCCAAAACACCUCCCACCCCCCUGCAGCUACGGGAGGAGUGCACCGAAAAGGAAGACGAGAGGAAAGAUCGAUACCCAGACACAAUCCAACCGAACACCGACGUACAAUCGUGCCCUAACCAAUGGUACGGGGAUACCGGCAGUGUAUUUUCGGAUUUCCUGUACUCGCCAUCGUCUUUCAGCUUCUCGCCUAGCAUCUCAUCACUGCCUGAUUGCCCGACAUACAUGAGCUCUGUCAUCACGCCAGACGUCGGGCCUCCAUUUCAAAUGAACCCAUCUUCAUGUAUGAUUGCGGAAGGUAACACAACGUACAGCGGGGCUCUUGACCAGCAAAAGACUGAGGCAGAUGGGCUGCAAAUCGUGUCAGAAGACGUCUCUACAACAGCAGACGGCAAUAUUCUCUCGCCGUGGGCGAUGUACCGGAUCGCCCUGAAUGCCCCAAAUUCUGCGCUGUACGAGCCUCUCGGCACUGCAUUUUAG